ACAAGAGAGACAAUCACACCCACCCACCCGCACACAAACACCAUCGCGACCAUGUCACUUGUUCCCGCUCGAAAUGGCGCCAAUCGUCCACCUCCGCGAGGUUCAGAACUUGCACUUGAUGCGCCAAAGACAUCCACGCGAGGCAAAGUGCCGACUGGCUACGCUGAAGAAAUAAUCAUUUCAGAACAGAGCUUUCGCAAUCUACACCGAGAGGUCCAAAGUCAACAGGCCGCUGGCAAGAAGCGAAAACGCGAGACGAAAGGCGCUUCUGAUAUCGUUUACGGUGCCGGCGCAUAUAAAGGACCAUGGGCAAAAUUUGAUGAGCGUCGUAUCGACAGCGACAGCGGCGAAGAAGUCGAGGUGGAGCUGUCGUCUGGAGAUGAAAGCGAUGCAGAGGGCGUGGUAGUCUACGAGGAGGAUGCGAUAGCUCCUGUGCCUGCUCGUGGCACACUGGCGGGCACCAGCUACGAAGAUAUAUCCGCGGACAAGGAAUCGAGUAAAUUCGAGGGCUCCGCUCAGUACGACUACCAGGGCCGCACAUACAUGCAUGUCCCUCAAGAUCUGGACGUGGAUUUGACAUCAGAUCUCGAGAAUCUAUCCUUGAAAUGCUAUCAUCCCAAGAAAUUAAUCCACACUUAUCGAAGCGGCAGUGGAAAGACAAGCGCUCACGACAAAGCGCUCACACAGCUGAAGUUCUUCCCGUCAUCAGGUCACCUAUUACUAUCAUCUGCUGCUGAUGGACGUGUCAAAUUAUGGGAUGUUUACCACGACCGGGAACUGUUGCGUAGUUAUGCAGGUCAUACGAAAUCAGUGGUCGACAUCGACUUUUCACCGGAUGGCACACAUUUCCUCACAGCUUCGUAUGACCGGCAGAUGAAGAUCUGGGAUACGGAGACAGGCACGUGCACGGGGCGCUAUAGCACCGGCAGCACACCACAUGUCGUUCGAUGGCAUCCUGAAAACCGGAGCGGCGGGGACUUCAUCGCCGGCAUGCACGACAACAAGAUCGUCCAAUUCGACCCUCGCCUGCCCUCCACCGCCGACGACUCCACCACAAGCUCCACCACCGACCGCGACCGAGAUCGCACAAAGCCCACGCAGACCUACGACCACCAUCUCGGGCCCGUGAACACGCUUACCUUCAGCGACGAGAACCGACGGUUCAUCUCGACCUCCGACGACAAAUCUCUGCGGGCCUGGGAUUACAACAUCCCCGUACCGGUCAAGCUUAUCGCCGAGCCGCACCUCUUCCCGCUCGUUGCGAGCGCCCAGCAUCCAAACAAGCCGAGCAUCUUAUUUCAGAGCGCCGACAACACGAUUCAAGUAUACAACACCUCGGCGGAGAAGACACUGCGUGCGAACAGGAAGAAGGAGUUCCGGGGACACAAUACCGCGGGGUACGCGAUCAGUCUGAGCGUGAGUCCAGACGGCGGGAUCGUGUGCAGUGGCGAUGCCGGUGGAUACGUCUGCUUUUGGGACUGGAAGACGUGUAAGCUAUGGCAUAAGUUCCGGGCGGGCGGCGAGAAGGGGGCGGCGGUGGUGGCGACGGCGUGGCAUCCCCGAGAGAGUUCCAAGGUGGUGACGGGUGACAUUGAGGGAGUGGUGAAGUAUUGGGAUUAGGCAUGGGAAUGAUCCUUGAAUACCAAAAACCAAAACACGACUUGUUGCUUUCCAGUUAACGGCCUGACGAUGCGAUACAUUCAGCAACUUAGAUAUAAUGGCUUCAUGACAAGACAAAACUUUUCGAACUAAUCGUG